AUGGACGCUCUGGACGCGUUGCAGUUGAGAGAUCAGGAAAUAAAUAAAGCCUUAUCGCUCGCCAAUGAGAUUCUCAACGAAGAACCAAAGCAAAAUGAAAACAUCGAAAAGGACACAACACAAUCGGAUGAGGAUAUGGACACGCUCAUAGAGCUCGUGAAAAGUGUCGAUGUUGAGCCGGCAAGCAACCUUGGAAAGCUGGUUGACCUUGACGAUCGAACGCAAUUCGCAGCGAACCUUGACGAGAUUAAAUCCAGAAUCGACCUGAACGACUACAACGAACAUGCCCAAAUCAACGUAGACCAACGAGUGCCUGCAGAGGGCCGCGAACGAUUCCUCAAAGCCCGCGUCACCGUGCUCGAAGAAGAAGUGAAAAAAUUGACCAAAGAACUUCAAAAAACAGGCGACAAGCUACACAAAGCCAAGCGAGAGGCACAGACCAACGGCGAAAGCACCGAAUUCCUCACGAAACAAAAUGAAAAGCUGAAGAAAGAUCUCAUCAAGUCUAAAAAUGCCGCCACAGACGCAAGCAAGGAAAAAGAAGAGGCGCAGCGCGAGCUGAAACUUAUCCGAAGAGAACUUGAUGAUCUUAAACGAGCCAAGAAAACUGUGAAGCCCAAACAACAGCAGAAUGAUGUGCGGCUGCAGAGAGCUCUUGAAGAGGCUCAAAAAUACAAACUCGAAAUGGCGGAGAUGACACGCAAACACAAAGACGACGGCGUCGUUGCCAAGGCCCAAUACAACGAAGCAACGGCUGAGACUGCGCGCCAAAAAAAGCUAGUAAGCGAGUACAAGUCCGUUAUUCAGAAGCAGUCGAAGCUGAUUGAGGUGCUGCGCAACAAGUGCACGCAUUUGGAGGCGGCGCGCGUCCUCGACUUCUCCGAGCAAGAGUUCAUGCGCGUUCUCGACUGGAAAUAA